AUGGCCCAUCAAAUGUCUGUACCACAGCAAACCCAACACUCGGGUCCGAUGCCUCAAAAUCAUCAAAACGCUGGGCAACAGCGGCAUGCCUUGGGCGGACAAUAUCAGAGCUUUGGGCAAACCUCUCCAAGAGAGUCUGAAGAUUUUCCCCUAGAUUCCAUCCAAGCCCCCCUUCUCGUAUCAUUCAUCCUAGAGAGGCCCAGGAGCGAUAUCAGCUGGGAAGAUGUUGUUCCCGAGCAACAGCAUGUCAGAGCCCAUGACCUCAAAAAGGAGGUACUGAAGUUUCGACGUAACUACAACAACGUCAAAAAGGCUCUGGACGAAAUCUCCUCUCCAAACUGUCGCAGGAUUAUCAAUGAACUGGUCGAAGAACAGAAUGUUGCGCUGACCAAGCACAACCCGACCAUGGAGUACAGGAUCGUGAGUCUUAUAAAGAAGUUCCGAGAACGCGUCUCUUUGACGCGCCGCGAGAGAUACCUGGCACGUGUGGACAUAAUCUUAGAAGCAGAAGACUCUGGCCUCCAAGGUACAAAGAUGGGAUUCCAAGGCCGAGUUAGCAAUCAAAGCCAGAAUAUGCAAAUACCUCAGCAGCGACCUCAACCUCAUGGCCCGCACAAUGUGCCACCUCCUCCACACCUUGAGCUACCGCGUGGUCAGCCUCCUCCUCUUCAUAUUGUUAAUCAAGGCAACAAUCAUAUCCCGAUGCCCGCUCCCCAUACACCGCCUCCACUUCCACCUCAACCACAUCUAAGUGGAGGUAUAAACGGGAAAACUCCAGUAGCUGGCCUACCUGCGCCACCGCCGCCGCCGCCACCACCUCCACCACCACCUAAUGGAGGAGCUCAUCCAGUAAUGUCAGGACCUCGCGGGCACCAACCACCAAUUCAACCAUCCUUACCGCAGGGUCCAUCAGGAAUGCCCGGCAGUUUCCCUGAAGCUAUGCCAUUGCCAGUGCCAAGGCACGUGCCAGGUCGUAGGCCAGGCCCGGUCAACCAGACAAUAGGCCCUGAGCCGCCUAGGAGCCAGCCAACCAAGCACAGGAGCCACAUGGAUGCAUCCAGUUUAUAUUCAGAGAGUGAAGUCAGUUCGGAAGAUGAGUCGGAGGGUUCUAGCUUCGUUGACAUUGAGAGCGACAUGCAUGGGGAAAUGCGUCCGCGCGAACCUGAACGCGGACGACAUGCUAAGGUGUCAAGGACCAGUCUGAAACAUCGUAUGCAUAGUAGAAGCAGGCAGCAGAGUCGAAGUCGCAGCCGCAGUCACCUACGAAGAGGCAUCCGCCAGCAAAAUGCACAGCGACCAAUGUGGAGACAUCGAACCAAUAGUGAUAUCGACGAAGGAUACACUGGCAGACGUACCCCAGACAUAUCAGGUUCGAGUUCUCCUCAACCCUUGCGUGCGAAGCUCUCUAGUCAAGUGCCAGCGAACAUUCACAUCCACAUGAACACGAAUAAUAGUGGAGAUGAGAGAACACGCAGCGGUAAUGCCUCGCCCACCAGUCUCUACAGUGAAAAGAGAAUGCCAGGGAAAAUGUACAAUUCACACGACGAUAUGUCCGAUGCAUCUUGGGAUCGCGCAAGCGGCACUGGUUCCUGGCACACCUCGUCUGCCCACACGGCCGAAGAUAAUAUCUGGGACGUACCUUCUCGCCCCCCGACCGUGAAGCGUGAGCACAGUCAACGCAAGCCGACUUUUGCAGCGCGCCCAAACGACGCCUUUGAUCCUCAGCGUCGAAGCCCCAACCCCAACACUGCUGAUCUGCGGUCCACACAAAGACCCAGAUACCCCAGGGAACCAAGCAACGAGCACAUUCCCACUCGCUCAUCCAUGCGGGACCGGGACCGGGACCGGGACCACAACCGCGAACAUGCAUCUCCUUACUCUGACAAUCAACACCCCUACCAUCCCCGUCCCGAUCUUCCGCACCGCCGCAUCACUCCAGCCUUGCCUCGCACCCAGUAUUCCAACCCAUUUGCCUCACCAUACCCCCCUCCCCCUCCUAAACCCGUCCGCGCCCCCUCUUUCACACCAGAUGUAUAUGAUCGCGCGUACACGCCAUCCCAGCCGCGUAGGAGACUGACAGAAGCUGCACCGCGUGAUGAGCAAAUCAAUCUGAGUGACUUGCGCGAUGCGCUGGAUUGGGCACGCGAGAGGAACAAGGAGAAGGAAGGUAUGCAGUCGACGAGGUAUGGAGAUGAUGUGUCUGGGAUGAGGAGGAGAAGGGAUUCUACCAUGGAUUAUGAUGAUGAGUGGGAUUUUGAUCGAAGGGGUGGUGUUGGGUACUAA